AGCACACAGUCUGAAAACUCAAACCUCUCUUUCUCUGCAACUCUGAGAAUCAGAACUCGAGAGCACAUAUCAAUGGCGGCUUUCGAUCACAUUCGCAAUAUGCACGACAUUGCUCUGAAGCCCCGAUUGCUCCGAACCCUAAUCAGAGAACACAUGCCUGAUGAGAAGCAUCCACUCAAGGGCCCUUCGGAGCUGUCUCACGUUGUGUCUAUGGUUAAAACUCACAGACUGUUAUCUGAAUCUCUCACCGCAGAUUCGACUGAUCCAAAGGUCGUUGAAAGCUGGAAAGCUGCAGUCGAUUCAUGGGUCAAUCGCGUUUUGAUGCUCGCCUCUAGCAACAUGCCAGAUAAAUGCUGGGCUGGAAUAUGUUUAUUAGGGGUGACUUGUCAAGAAUGCAGUUCUGAACGGUUCCUGGCAUCAUACUCUAUUUGGCUCCCUAAGCUCCAAUUGCAUAUUCAGCCUCCGGCAGAUUCUCAUUUUGUGAAAGUGGCUUCUUGUGCCUCACUAUCAGAUCUGUUCACAAGGCUGGGUAGAUUUCCAAGAGUAAAGAAAGAUGCGACCUCCCAGGCUGUAAAACUUGUUCAACCAGUUUUGAAGCUGUUGAAUGAAGAUAGCUCAGAGGCUGUAUGGGAAGGAGCCGUUUGUUUGCUAUGCACAUUUAUAACUUUCUUUCCAUCUUCCAUCCAUCGAUGUUACGACAGUGCUGAAGCUGCUGUUGUUUCAAAAAUUUUGUCAGGGAAAUGCAGUGUUAAAAUGUUUCAGGAGCUCGGUCAUUGCUUAGCAUUGCUUCCAAAAUCUAGAGGAGAUGAGGAUAGUUGGUCAUUGAUGAUGCAGAAGAUUUUAUUAUCAAUUAAUGUUCACCUGAAUGAUGCUUUCCAAGGUGUAGAAGAAGAAUCAAAAAAUAAUGAAGCUAUGAGGCUAUUAAUUCCCCCAGGAAAAGACCCCCCACCUCCCUUAGGAAGUCAUACAAUAGGAGAAGCCUUGGACCAGAGAACAAAGAGACCUGAGCGGUUGCAGAUGUCCAGUGUCUCUACCUUGAUGCGUUGCUGUUGUACAAUGCUUACAAGUUCUUAUCCUGUUCAGGUUAGAGUACCUAUUCGCCCAUUAGUAGCCCUUGCUGGGAGAGUGCUGAUGGUGGAUGGUUCCGUGACUCAAGCUUUAUUUCCUUUCAUGACUGCCAUGCAACAAGAGUUUAUUUGUUCGGAACUUCCAAUUUUGCAUUUGUACAGCUUGGAACUCCUCAGUUCUGUCAUAAAGGGUGUACGCAGUCAACUAUUACCGCAUGCUGCAGAAAUUGUGCGACUCUUAACGGAGUAUUUCAAGAGAUGUGUAUUGCCAGAUCUAAGGAUAAAGGUCUACUCAAUAAUAAGGAUUUUGCUUAUGUCCAUGGGGCUUGGCAUAGCAGUCUAUCUUGCCAAGGAAGUUAUCGACAAUGCAUCUGUUGAUUUGGACUCUAUUGCCUAUGAUGGUGGUGGAACCUCUUCGUCAAGUGCAUAUUUAAAGGCCUCGAAUGAUGUAUUACUGCAGCGUUGCCAGAAAAAAAGGAAGCAUGCAAGCACAGCAGGUUCUCUUGAAGAGCAACCUGAUAGAGUUGAUUUGGAAGUGGGACUGCCCAAAGACCCAACUCCAAUAUCAGUUAAGAUAGCUGCGCUAGAGGCAUUAGAAGCACUUCUGACUGUGGGUGGUGCUUUGGGAGCUGAGAGUUGGCGACCAAGUAUUGAUUGUCUUCUUAUAACUGUAGCUACAAAUGCUUGUAAAGGGGGAUGGGCUAAGGAGGAAAAACAUAAUUUUCUUUCCAGUGAACCUGUCCUGACUUGGGCAGAUUUUCAGCUUGCAACCUUACGUGCACUCUUGGCAUCUCUUCUUUCUCCUGCCCGCUUUCGCCCUCCACAUCUAGCCCAGGGUCUUGAACUUUUCCGUAGAGGCAUGCGAGAAACAGGAACAAAGCUUGGUGAAUUUUGUGCGCAUGCUCUUUUGGCCUUGGAAGUGCUCAUACAUCCUAGGGCACUUUCAUUGAUUGAUCUAUCAUCUGCCAGCAACACCUCCUUUGAUGGGAUUAACAGCAGAUUCCCAGAUGUAUACUCGUAUGGUCAUAAACAAAAUACCCCAUUUUCAACCAGCACUAUGGGAAAGGGACCUGACGAUUCCAAUUUGGGUGAUGAUGACCUGUAUGAAAGUUGGCUGGCAAAUGACGACGAGAUUGAAAUUCCAGUGACCAACGAUGCUGGAAAGGAUAAAAGUUGUACUGAAAAACCUUCAGAAACAUGUAGAGAUCCAUCACCUGAGAAGAUUCCUCUUGUAGCUGAUUCAUUCAGUACUAGAGUUCCUGAAGAAAGUCGACCAGAGCCAGUGUCCGAUAGGGUUGAAGGAAAAGGGGACGAAAUCAUGGUUGAAGCACCCCAGUUUCAAGAGCCCAUUAAGCAAGGGGACAGUACUAGCAGCGUUAUUGCAGACGGUAUUGUGUCAGAUCAUGUGGAGGGUGAAUUGGCAACCAAGCCUGAUGACUUUGCAACAGGAAUUGUAAGCACUGCCACGGCAACAUCGAAUUUGGAGAGAAGCAAGCAACUUGAUGUUGACUCGGAUAUGGAAUCACUUCCUGAUAUUGUGGAUGGGGAUCCAGAUUAUUCUGAUUAGGGUUUUUUUAAGCAAAUUCUGGGUAUGGUUAUCUGUAGAAUGUUAUGGUGUACUAGUCUGUUAAGGUUAUUGUUACUGUCAAGUUUCCAUAUAGAAUCAUGAAAAUACAAGAAGGUUUUGUUCUCAAGUGUAAUUUGAGUUGGGGCUUUAUCAUUUUGGAUUUGUUCCUGUGAUUUUCAA